UCGGGAUCGAAAUUCUUAUAUUCAAGCAUUCAAUCAACAUUGAUUUUUUAAGGUUACCUGUGAGGAAUCGAAAAUGUCUUGUGCCGGUAGAAUUUUGAUUUAUGGAGGCAAAGGAGCUCUAGGUUCCACAUGUGUUAACAUGUUCAAGGCUAAAAAUUAUUGGGUUGGAUCCAUUGAUCUUAUGCCUAAUGAACAAGCUGAUGCAAAUGUUGUUGUGAAGCCAAGUGAAUCCUGGUUAAACCAAGAAGAAGAGGUCCUCAAAGGGGUAGAGAGCGUGAUUGGUGGGGAGAAGCUAGAUGCUGUACUGUGUGUUGCUGGAGGCUGGGCAGGAGGGAAUGCUGCUUCUAAAGAUUUUAUCAAGAAUGCUGAUAUGAUGUGGAAGCAAAGUGUGUGGACUAGCUCCAUUGCAGCAGCCCUGGCAGCUAAAUAUCUCAAAGAGGGGGGCAUACUUACACUUCCAGGGGCAGCUCCCUGUGUGAAGGGCACAGCUGGCAUGAUGGGAUAUGGAAUGGCAAAAGCAGCUGUGCAUCAACUAGUGAAGAGUCUGGCUGCUGAAAACAGUGGUCUCCCAGCCAACAGCUCCACAGUGGCCAUAUUACCAAUCACACUCGACACUCCAAUGAACAGGAAGUUUAUGUCUGAGGCUGAUUUUUCAACCUGGACGUCAUUAGAGUUUGUAUCCGAGUUGUUCCUGAAAUGGACAUCGGACAGUUCCUCUCGUCCCGAGAAUGGCAGCCUAGUCAAACUUGUCACAAAAGAGGGCAAUACAGAACUCAAAGUUGUGUAAUCCAGUGCCUUGCAACAAGUUUUGACUGUACUUGGUAGAGGGGGAGAGAAAAAAACCACUGUACUUGGUAGAGGGGGAGAGAGAAAAACCACUGUACUUGGUAGAGGGGGAGAGAGAAAAACACUAGCCACAUUGUGUUGGUUUGCAGUCGUAGUGCUACCUAACCAUAUGUUGUCCAGUAUACAGUAUUAGUGAUGUUAAGUCAUGAGUUAUUGUCUCAGUGUAUAUUAACUGCAAUAAUCUAACCCUCUCUAACUUUUAUAUUGGGGGGAGGGGAGUCCUGAAAACGUCAGAAAAAAUUUGGAGAGGGCUAUAUUAUUGCAGUUAUUAGUGUAUAUGUAUACAUGUAUUUACACACAAGGUUUUCUUACAAAUAUUUAAUAACGUAUGCCAAGAAUACUCCAAAGCAAAUAUUUUAUAGACACUUGAAUCGCUAACAAAUAUACAGAUUGUAUUCUGUGGAUUAACUUUCAGUGUGUUGUGUGAGUAACACACAUUCCAGUGAUUCAGUUGUAAUUUAAUGUAAUUUUUAUAUCAAUUUAUGCUUCCUUGAUGGGCAGCCUUGAAAGAGCACUUGAGCAAAUGAGCAUCUUCAAUUGUAUGUUGAUAGUAGUAAAACUUUCUAAAAAAAACAAAAAAAACAUUUAUUGAAAUACAUCCUUGAAAGUUUGAUUCAGACAAAUAAGGAAAUGUGUACAUGUAUGUACAAAAUUAAAAAAUUAACAGAAUUUCCAUCUGUUAAAUUUAUUUGAAAUAAUACAGAAGAGAGAAAAUUAAUGAAAUUGACAGAAUAAAUUGGACGUUAUGUGCCCUUGCCAGCUACAUAUAUAGAUUUUGGUAUAGCAAUCUUAUGCAUGUUGUGCAUGACAUUGCUGUUAAAAGUCGAGGAUGUCCUUCUGGGACUGAAAGGCUAACUGGAUUAGAUUUUUAUGCUGCAUCAGCAUCAUACACACAAGCAAGACAUAGUACUAUAUUUUUCAAUACUCUGUAAUUACUAUCACAUGUAUUUUCUAAGAGAGAUAAAGUACUUGAGCUGAGCUCUUAGUGUGUCUGUAUGUAAGAUAAAACAUGAUAAACAAAUCUUGAAGAAAUUUAGAGAGAGUUUACUUUAAAAGUAUGCAAUCAUGUUAUAUGGUAUUAUCACAUUAUCGGUAUAUGAGACUAGUUGUUAACAUUUUUCUCUUUCAUUAAGGAGGAAUACUACACCACAGAAAUUUGAUAUGGAUGAAAAUUGAAGGUUUUUGAAAAUUGGAAAAUUUCAAAUUUUCUUUAUCAAGUCCAAAAAUGCAGUUUUAGUAGAAAGUAAUCGGAAAUUUUUUUUAGAAUUCCUGCUCAACUCGAACCCGCGAUCUACAAUUCAGUAUUAAUAAUAACAUGUUAUUCACCUCCUGAGCUACUCAGCUAGGCAUUGAACUUUAAAAGGAAUAGAUAGAUUUGUGGAUAUUUAUAUUUUCAUUCAUAUUUCAAAAUGAAGUCAGCCAUUAUGACAAUGUAGUAUACCUCCUUAAGAAAAAAAAAUUCAGUGCAAGAAAAUGUGUAAAUGACUUAUUGAACAAAUCACCUUUAUUGAGUUACUUAAGCUUGAUAAAAGUGCACUGAUAUUGUCAACUUAUCACUUAGGUAUAAAUCAUUCAGACUUUAAAAUUUAGCAUUUAUUCAUGUUACAAAUGCCAAAAAUGAUGUUUGGAGCCUCAUUCAGAUGCAGGCAAGUGAAAGUCUUUUUUUUUCAGAAUUUUUUGUUAUCUAUUUGCUCUUCCAUGCUUACUGUCCAAAUGUCAAUAUUGUGAAUUAUUACAAACCAGGCCCAAGUUGAAAUAUUGUAUGUCUAGACCCUUUCAGGGAAUUUGCAAUAAAUGUAACAUUUUACCUGUGGGUAGAAAAGAAUGUUAGGUUCAUUUUUUAUCCAAUUUUUUUAUACAACUGCUUUGCCAUCUAAUUGAGAGACGUAUAUUUGCGAUGUGGAAAAUAGUAAACAAUACAAAAUGUGUUAGUUGAAAGGCCAAGACACACAAAAUUUUAAUUUAGACUACAUUGUUAUAAAUUUUUUCAUUAUGUUUUUUAAAAAUUAUAUAGCACAUACUGCUGACAUUCCAAAAUUGAUGGUUUGUAAAACCAUAUGUAUAAUACAUGUCUUGAUUAUUUUUUGUGUGGUUAAAACUGAAUAAAUUUUCGUGUG